UUAACAUUUAAUCACUUUUGUAAAGAUGAAUUUGAGAGAACAAGACAAAGAUGUAGAACUGUAUCUGUUAAUUUUUUUUGCAAUAAACUGUACCGAAAUUUUCAACCGGAGAUGAGUUAUUUUCCAAUGCCAAAAACAACUGUAUUUUAUACUAAAUAACCAUCGAAACUGGUAAAAUUGUGUUUGAAAUAUGUUUACUGUUUCACUGUAAGAUGCUUGUGGCUAACGCGGUUAUAACGCAGAUGCACAGGAGCUCUCUAUUGUUGUGGAUGUUGUUUUUCAUAACACAGCCAAGAUGGCGCCGUCGCCAGUUGUUGCCGAAAUGGAAUUCGAUUUGACGGACGAGCACAUGAAAGGAGCGUUUAGAACUAUGAAUAAUCUUCGAAAAGACAAGAUGAUGUGUGACAUAGUGCUUUCCAUUGAUGACCGUGAGAUUUUCGCUCACAAACUAGUUCUUGUAUCCAGUAUUCCGUAUUUUUAUGCAAUGUUCACCAGUGACCUGGUUGAGAGCAAGCAGACCAAAAUAACUUUGAAAGGAAUGGAUGCGACUGCAGUCGAAACAUUGAUUGACUUUGCUUAUACUGCUAAUUUAAACGUAUCAUCUCAUAAUGUCCAAACUUUGCUUCCAGUUGCAACAAUUUUACAAAUGACCAGAGUCCAAAAAGCAUGUUGCGAGUUUUUGAAGGCACAACUGGAUGCCACCAAUUGUCUAGGAAUUUACGCUUUUGCCGAACUACAUGGCUGUCUUGACCUAAAAGCAAAUGCGAGAAAUUACUGCGAUAAUUAUUUUGCGAAAGUUAUUAAGCAUGAGGAGUUUUUAUCCUUGCCUCUCGAGAGAGUUUGCUGGUAUUUGUCACAUAGUGAACUUUGUGUCCGUUCAGAAAAUGAGGUUUUCUUGGCUGGUAUGGAGUGGAUCCAGCAAAGCCCAAUUCAGAGAGGAAAAUUUUUGAACAGAAUUUUAGAAGUUAUUAGAUUAUACCUACUACCAAAGUCAUUCUUACAAUGUCAGUUGGACAGCAAUCCUUUUAUAACAUUUGAAAAUGGCUGUAGAACUGCAGUUGAAGAUGUUCUCAAGGACCUAACCAGCAAGGUUGAAAUAACACAAAAAAGGCGAGUGCCACUGGGAGCAACUGUUAUUUACUCAGCUGGAGGCUACCUGAAGCAUUCUUUAAGUGCAUUAGACAGUUUCAAUCCUGAGACUGGUGAAUGGCACACACUGAAGGAGCUUCCGAACCCAAAAAGUGGAGCUGGUGCUGCUUUUGUGGGUGGUCAGUUGUAUUUGGUUGGAGGACGCAAUAACUCUUCAAAUGGCAACAUGGAUUCGGAUUCAGUGGAGAGAUACGACCCGUUUUACGACGAAUGGUUGCAGGUCGCAUCCUUAACUGUUCCUCGAAACAGGCUAGGAGUCGGUGUUGUGGAUGGCGUUGUGUAUGCUGUUGGAGGCAGUGAUGGCAUGAUGCAUUUGAACUCAGCAGAAACUUAUGACGUUGAAGAAGACCGAUGGACUCAAGUUGCACCCAUGACUACGAAACGAAUAGGUGUUGCGGUUGCGGUGUUAAAUCGUCUUUUGUACGCCAUUGGUGGAUUUGAUGGCGAAAACCGCCUUCGCAGCACUGAGUGUUAUUGUCCUGAUACAAACAAGUGGUUCCUAGUUGCUUCCAUGAAUACACCUAGAAGUGGAGCCGCGGCUGCAGCAUUCCACGGGAAACUUUAUGCUGUUGGUGGAUAUAACGGGAUAACUCAACUUAACAGCGCAGAAUGCUACGACCCAGAGGAAGACAAAUGGACAAUUAUUUCUCCUAUGAAUUGUCACCGUAGCGCAUUGAGCGUAGCGCUGAUCGACAAUCAGCUUUACGCACUCGGCGGCUAUGACGGUGAACAUUUUCUGCCGAGUAUCGAAAUAUACAAUCAAAAAAGAGAUUCCUGGGAAGUGAUCGAAUCAAAGAUGCCGGUUGGUAAGAGUGGGGCAGGUGUCGCUGUGGGUAUUAAACCACCGAUCUAAGCAAUCUGUACAAUCAUUCUAAUCACUGUCACCGAUCACCAUUGUUGAUUACUCAAUCAACAAUCAAUACAGCAGUCCAUGUAUAACCAUACUAGCUAAUUAUGUUAGUAGUUGGAAUACGUCUGUGAGCACCGAAACACAUCGACUUUUUACCGUGAUUAUCACCAUAACGUAAUUUUCUUGGUUCAUACAUAAUCGGCCAAGACCUAAACCAGCAGAUAAGUUUUUAAUUUUCGCAACCAUGAGUCAACAUUUCUACUCAAAGCUUUUGCUUUUGAAACCUAAUAGUCAAACAAAUUGCGUUUUUGUAUUUACAUAUUUGAAUUAUUUAUAAACAUUAAUGUUUUGAGCCCUAAAAUGUACAAAACAAUGAAAAAGAUAAUAUUUUUAACCGUUUAACAUUCAUGUGCUUGGAAGUUUUUACUAAGGGGAAGACUCUAGACCCUUAAUGGUUCUGUUGAGAUUUGUUUUGCAUUUUCAAUUUGAUACUGUGCUACCGUCCUUUGGCAGCUUUUGUUAUGAAAUUGGUUACAAUGUACCUUGACAUAUUUGAAUGAGAAUAAUUUUGCCGCAUUACCUUGAGUUGUUUAUAAAAUUAGUAUUAAUUAGGUUGUCUUUUCAAAUAUUCAAUAAAACUUAUUGGACAAGCGUUUAUAUCCAUUGGUUGGGUAUAGAAAGUAAACUCUAGAAUACGUUAAAUCUAGAAAACCUUGAAUUUAGAGUAAAAUAUUUCAUUUUCUACCUUUUUCUGUGUAAAUAUAAAUUGUGUAUUGCAUGUUAUUUAAGCACAAAUAUCCUGUAAAUAGAUUUUGAUAUGAAUCAGAACAAUAUGACAAACUAAGCCAGAUG